GCUGGUGCAGCUGCGAGGAGAAGCUGCGCGGCGAGACGGACGAAAGUGUUAGAUUGAGGUGGUGACGGGACAAAAAUAAGUUGGGGCGUUGCUUUUUUACCGUGAGGACAUUGUAGUUGCGGGUGGGUGGUGUGUGUUUGUGUGUGUGUUGAGAGAGUUCGUUGGCGUGGAUAAGGUGAUGGGCCGUGUGUCGUCCGGGGAAUCUCAAUUUACGGGUCCACCCACCUGAGGCAACGAGAUCCACCCGCGAUCGCCGCCCGUGAGCUGUUCGACAUCCAAGAUUCCUCGUUGCCCGUGGCCUUUUUUUCCUUUUUCUUUCUUUCUUCUCUCUCUCUCUUUCCCUUUUCCAUCUCUCCAUUUCUUCCCUCACGAUGCUUUGAGCUCUGCCUUGCAAUGCACGGCAUCACAAAGUUCGGCCUGCAGCCGCUGCGCGUCGGCGGCGCUGGCGUCAUAGCAAGGCGACAUAUAGCCUCGUCCGCCACGCGCCACGCAAAAUCAACCCUCGAGGCCGGCGAGAACAAGAGCGGCCACAUCAGCGUCUCGGCGAAGAAUGAAGCUGUUUUGUUCUUCGACAAUGUCUUUCCCCUGAAGCUCCAAUGGCUGCUGCGUCUGCCCUUCCAGGCCGAGAAGCGGAUUCCCGAGCUGAUGAAGCGGCUGAAAAGGCCGACCAUCGCCGCCGCCGAUCCCGUGCACAUCCUGCACAGAUGUCCGAUCGUGAACAAGGCGCAAAUCUCCAUCGAAGAGGUGCUGCCCCGCCUCAAGGAGGGCGGCGCCUUUGUCAAGAUCCGGCACGACCCCGCCAUCGACUCGUCCAGCAUUGAAACCGAAAUCAGAAACCACUUGAAGACCGUCCGCAUCAAGCCCUGGUGGAAUCCCUUCCAGCGCAUGCGCGCGCGCCUCGUCCGCGGCCGCCCGUGGGUCGAGGACUUGUAUCGUCUCCCCAGUUCCCGUCUUAAGGUCGAGUUCCUCCCUGCUGCGCCGGGCACCGAGCCCGCUGAGUUGUCGCCCGAGCAGCUGUAUAGCUUCUUCCGGCCCUAUGGCAAGCUCAAGGACAUUGCCGCCCAGCCCCAGGACUCGAAGAUCGUUCCCCGGUAUGCUAACUUGGACUUCACCAUGGUUCAAAAGGCCAUCAUGGCCAAGAACUGUCUGCACGGUAUCAAGGUUUCUGAAGCACAGGGCGGUGGCGUCGCCGGCACCAUGUUGCGCCUGACGUACGAACCCAAGGUCAAGGCGCGCUAUUUCCGCGAUUGGAUAUUUGGCCACCCCAGGAUCCUCAUUCCCGUUCUUAUUGCCAUCAUCGGUGCUUUCACUGUGGCUGUCUUCGAUCCCAUCCGGACUUUCUUCGUCAAGGCGCACAUCACCAAGUCUCUCAGUUUAGGCCACAACAAGAUCUACCAGUGGUUCAAGGCUCAGACUAUGGAUAUCCUGUCUUUCCGCCGCGAUGACGACGACGAUGCCGGUAUGGAUGUCGUGUGGGAUGACCGCAAGGACAACAUCGAGCAGAUUCGGACUUGGCUUAUGGAUACCGCCGACACGUUUAUCAUCGUCCAAGGGCCCCGCGGCUCUGGAAAGAAGGAAUUAGUUGUUGACCAAGCGCUCAUGUAUCAGAAGCAUAAGUUAGUAAUCGACUGCAAGCCCAUCCAGGAGGCCCGCGGCGACAGCGCUACGAUUGCUGCGACGGCUGCGCAGGUAGGCUACCGGCCCGUGUUCUCAUGGAUGCACAGCAUCAGCGGUAUGCUCGAUCUGGCAGCCCAAGGCGCAACCGGCGUCAAGGCUGGAUUCUCAGAAACCGUCGAAACUCAGCUGGCAAAGAUUCUGAACAACACCGCGACGGCCCUCAAGUCGAUAGCUCUGGACAACCGCAAGAAGGACGACAAGGACGCCCAUCUCAGCGACGACGAGUGGCUCGAGGUGCACCCUGAGCGAAGGCCCGUGGUCGUGGUCGACAACUUCCUUCACAAGAGCUCGGAUGGCGACGUUGUCUACGAGAAGAUCUCCGACUGGGCUGCCGGUCUCACGACGGCAAACCUCGCGCACAUUAUCUUCCUCACCAAUGACUUCUCCUUUACCAAGUCGCUGAGCAAGGCUCUCCCCGACCGCGUCUUCCGCCACAUCUCUCUCAGCGACUGCACGCCCGAGGUCGCCAAGCGCUACGUCAUCAGCCACAUUGACGCCGAGGACGAGGCCGACGCCGACAAGGCCGACCCCAACCAGAAGCACCUGACGCCGUCUCAGCGGCGCGAAGAUCUCAUCGAGCUCGACGACUGCAUCACGGCCCUGGGCGGGCGCCUGACGGACCUGGAGUUCUUCGCGCGGCGCAUCAAGACGGGCGAGACGCCGAAGAAGGCCGUGGCCGAGAUCAUCAACCAGUCAGCAUCCGAGAUCCAGAAGAUGUACCUGUUCGGGCAAGACGAGACGAACCGGCGAUGGACGCCGGAGCAGGCGUGGCUGCUCAUCAAGCAGCUGGCGGCGGCUGAGACGCUGCGCUACCACGCGGUGCUGCUGAACGACACGUUCAAGGCGGGCGGGGAAAAGGUGCUGCAGGCGCUCGAGCAGGCGGAGCUGAUCACAAUCGUGACGUCGGCCGGCCGCCCGCACAGCAUCAAGCCCGGCAAGCCCGUCUACCAGCCCGCGUUCCGCCGCCUCGCCGAAGACCGCGUCCUCCGCGCGCGCCUCGACCUCGCCAUCCUCAAGGAGCAGAGCAAGCUCGAGAGCGCCGAUAUCGACAAGUACGAGAAUGAGCUGAAGCUGUUGGCGGAGCUGCCGAAGCAGCCGGCCGAGGUCACGCCUAGGGUGCGCUGGCUGCUGAAUAAGAUGAUGGCGAGCCAGGCCAAGAUUGAGGGGUUUGAGCGCGAGAUUGCGGCUUGCAAGGAUGUUUUGAGGAAGGAGUUUUAAGGGUGGGAUGGUGUGUGUAUUGAUUACGGGGGGUGAAGAGGAGGGCUCUAUACUCUGCAUUGGCAAUGUGUGUACGCUUGGCUUGUACAUGUACGUAGAUUUGGUAUUGAAGUUAUGUUUUAUG